AUGUUAAAUGAGCCCAGGUCAGCUCCCUCGCAGGAGAAACCUUCACUCCGCUUCACGUUGGCCUUAGUUCACAGUAGUGGCCGUGGUACUUCCCAGUACGACCUUGUGGGGCCCUACUCCAUGAAAGCACUGACGGACUGUUCAUUGACCUCCCCCGUUGUUGCAGACAUAACUCAGAGCCAGCUGCUGUGCCGCGGCGUGACAGGCCACAAGGUCUGCGGGCUGAGGGCGCACGCGCCUCGCAUCUCGUUCACGAACAAGGAGGAGCCUGAAUGCCACGAAAUACGCCGGAAAUCCGCCACCAGCCGCCUGGGCAGCUCGCCUAGGUCCAGCAUCGCCAGCGAGGACCGCGUAGAUGGGCUAGCGCUGAGAGUACCAACUCCUCGCGGAUCAGUCUCCAGUACCAGCAGCGUGGGUGCCGGGUCCAGAAUAGCGCGUUUGCUGACACAAGGAGUGCGAGGCACGCCCGAGGAGGCCAAUGCAGACGCCCCUCGAAGGCUGAGCUGGGAGAGACGCGACUCGGCCGGCCAGCUGCCAAGAUCGGCGAGCAUCGACUCGGUCGUAGAGGCGGCGAUUUGCGCUCGUCACUCCGAACCCAGUCAAACCUUGACGCUGCAGCUACCGGCGAGGGCAGACAGAGCUUUGAGCCUGGUCUCCCCAGCAGUUGGUAGGAGGGCGAAGUCACAAAGAGGUCAAGCUGAGAACUGCGGGAUGACCUUGACCCUGAAGACCUCUGUCAUUGGAACCAGAGCUUUUAUUUCGGAAGCCAUUAAGAACGAUUCCAAAAAAAAUCCACGUUGCACAUGUCUCUAUGCGACGGCCGUGGACGGGAUCGGGAACAGGAAGACAAAACUUUCAACCAUCCCGGUGCGACUAAUAAGAGACCUGGAAGGCUAUAUGGUGCUGUACCUGUGCCUACCGUUGAAUCUAUGCGAUUUGGCUGAGACGGGCCACUCGCAAAUGGGGCGAAUCGAGUUAUCGCUAUGGAGCAAAAUGGAAUCAUUUCCGAAGCCCGCUCUCCCGGAGGGCACGGGAGCGGCGGAAGUAAACUGGGAGAUUGAAUGCGAUAAUAAACCGACU